UUUGCAAAUUUGAAGUGUCGUCUUUGCGACGGUAGAUGUGCAGAAAAUUUUCUAAUAUAAUAUUAAAAAUAUACCUUUAAAAAAGGUUUAAUAUGUCUCUAAUAUCUAGAAAUGUUUUCCGCGCCCUUGUGCAGGGAUCGCAGCAUGUCGGCAAAGGCGUCCACACUACAGCGGUAAACAAGGAUAAAAACGUAUGUUUUGCGCAACACACAAUCAGCACCCUGCAAACUAAAGAGGGUCGCAUCAAAUGCACUCUCAUUCCCGGAGAUGGUGUGGGACCUGAAAUGGUGUACUCCGUUCAAGAAGUGUUUAAGGCAGCAAAUAUCCCAGUGGACUUUGAAUCAUUCUUUUUCUCCGAGGUGAACCCUACAUUGAGUGCCCCUCUUGAAGAUGUUGUCAACUCUAUUGCCAAGAAUAAAAUCUGUAUUAAGGGUAUCCUAGCAACGCCAGAUUUCUCCCACACUGGUGAGCUGCAGACUCUCAACAUGAAGUUGAGGAAUGCAUUGGACUUGUACGCCAAUGUGGUCCACGUCAAGUCUUUGCCUAACGUGAAGUGUCGUCAUCAUGACGUCGACUGCAUCAUCAUCCGAGAGCAGACUGAAGGAGAGUACUCCGCGUUAGAACAUGAAUCUGUGCCCGGUGUGGUGGAAUGUCUGAAGAUUAUCACUGCGGCUAAGUCAGAGCGCAUCGCAAAGUUCGCGUUUGACUACGCGGUGAAGAUGGGCCGUAAGAAGGUCACUGCAGUCCACAAGGCCAACAUCAUGAAGCUCGGUGACGGACUCUUCUUGCGCAGCUGCGAAGAGAUGGCGAAGCUCUACCCUCGCAUACAAUUCGAGAAGAUGAUAGUAGACAACUGCACAAUGCAGAUGGUAUCCAACCCGAACCAGUUCGAUGUGAUGGUGACACCCAAUUUGUAUGGUAACAUCGUUGAUAACCUCGCCAGUGGCCUUGUUGGUGGUGCGGGCGUCGUCGCAGGCGCAUCUUACAGCGCGGAAUGCGCAGUCUUCGAACAGGGUGCGCGUCACAUCUUCUCCGGAGCUGUGGGUAAGAACAUCGCCAACCCGACCGCCAUGUUGCUCUGCUCCGCCAACCUGCUGGCUCAUGUCAACCUGCACUCUUACUCUAAGAUGAUCAAGAACGCUGUCAACAAAGUUCUCGCAGACGGUAAGGUAAGGACCAAAGACCUGGGAGGUCAAUCGACGACCAAAGAUUUUACUUACGCUGUGAUUCAUAGCCUCGUUUGAAUAUCGUUGUAACUAAACUCAUAGAGUUUAAGAAUAAUUUAUUAUUUAUUUCAGUAUUUAUGAAUCUGCAAAUCAUUUUGACAUUGAAAAUGUUACCAUUGUAAAUAAAAAUAAAAAAUAUGUC